UGAUGUUUUGUUUACAAUCUGAUGUUGAUCAAAGGGAGGCAACGCGUGCAUUUUUCAGGAUUGUCAUUUUACUUCCGGUUGCUAAUAAAAUUUGGAGGGAAAGAGAGGAGAAAUUUGUCAUUGCUUGCUAUUACAUUUCUUUUCGCCAAAUCCUGGUAUUUUCAGAAUCCAUUUAUCUGUCAUGGAGGGUAAAGUACCAAACACAUUACAUCCAAAACCAAGUUGUAAAAUGGUUUCAAUUUUACCCAAGGACAUAAGGAAAAUAAAUCUAAUGGAACGUGUCCCAACACAAACAAUAUCUGUUCAGACUAUCGUGGAUGAAGUAACACAUAAUGAUACACCAGAUAUUACAAGUUUACCUAGUACUCCUAUAAAGUCAACUACAGUCAAGAAGCCUGACCAAAUUCAAAAGACAAUAUAUGAAGCAUUUUUUAAAGUAGUAGGAUAUCGAAAGGUUACUGUACAGACCAUUUCAUCAGAUGGUAAAGUGGUGAAAUCUAAUGUUGAAGAGGUUGAAGGAGAUUCUCAAAUAAUCAACAUCAGUAAACAAGAGAAGAUUAAUGAGAGCAUUUCUAAAUUCCUUGUUAAAAAACCAGACCAGUACAUUUUGAAAGAUGAUUUCUUAGGCAAAACCAAUUUCAGCACUACAAUGACUAUAAAAUGUCCAACCUUUUUACAAGGGGGCAAGGAACGAGCUGUUCAGCCCAUUGAAACAGUUGCACAAAAUCCACCAGUCAAUCCAAACAUGAAAAAUAAUCUCAGCCCAGUAACGGUAAUAAAAAAGCAAACCCCCAAAUCAGGAGGCGAGAACUUAAAAGUGUUACAAGCAGACAUCCAUUUUCAAAUGAAAAGGAAGAUUGAUUUUGAUAAAACCCCCAUAAAGAAUGAAAAUAAUAGCGAUGAUGAACAUGAUAAUUUUGAGACAGAAGCUGGACAUUAUGAAAAAACAACUGACAAUGAAAACGUAACUGCUACAGAAAAGGUAGCCAAUGAAUCACCAAAAUCAUCUUUGAGAAGAUCCAAACGUAACACAGGUGAGUUACCCAAGAAUGAUGUAGCAAAAUCUCCUUCGCAUUCAGCAACUGAAAAUCAAGAGAAAGUAUCAAAAAUUGUCUCUGAUAAAUCACCUAGCAAAAUGCCUACCAAGAAAGUAGCACCUGUAAAUAAAGCUGAAAAAACAAUACCAAAAGAAGCAAAAGCAAUGGUAAAAGAUUUGGAAAAACCUAAUAAUGCCAGUAAAUCGAUUCCAAAUAAAGUAAUAAAAAGGCCAACAAACAAUAGUGAUGAGCAAACUACUGAAAUAAAAGAUUUGGAAAAACCUAAUGUCAACAGGUCUAUUCCAAAUACAGGAAUUAAAAAACCAAUAAAAACCAGUGAUGAGCAAACAACUGAAGUAAAAGAUUUGGAAAAACCUAAGAAUAUCAACAGAUCAACUCCAAAUAAAGGAAUUAAAAGACCAAUAAACACUAGUGAGGAGCAACCUACUAAAAUAAAAGAUAUGGAAAAACCUAGUGCCAACAGGGCUACUCCAAUUAAAGGAAUAAAGAGACCAACAAACACUUGUGAAGAUCAAACUAUUGAAAUACCAAUAAAAAGAGAGAGUAAAAGACAAAGGAAGCCUACAUGGAAAUGGAAAGAAAUGACAGCAAAGCAAGAGAUUACAGAAGAUGAUGAUAAUAGUGUCAAACAACAAAAGGAAACGAAGACACCAUUGAAGACACCAACAAAAACAGACAGACAGACUACAACUUCACCAAAAGUUACUAAUAUAACCGAUGCAACCCAAGUAGAUGAAAGAAUACCAGUACCGUUGACUCCUAAAGUCAUAAUCAAACAAGACCCAGAUGGAAUUAUUCAGGCCAUUACAUCUGUUUCUUCAGAUGCUCCUGCAAGAAAUGAAGAAACCUCAACUGAAUCAUUAUUGGCAAAAGCUAUAUUAUCUUUAUCGGAAGGCAGUGAUAACAAGGAAGCAUCUCCAGUUGAACCUGUUCCUGCGAAUAUAGUUAAAACAGAAACUACCAAAACUUUGACAGAUUCCAUAAAUCAAAAUGAAGAUGCACUUGAAAAGGAAUCUAUUACCAUUACACCAUUGCCACCAUCCGAUACAAUGGAUUCUAAGAAAGGCAUCCUUCCUGAUAAUAAUGUUGAUGAUAAUGAAACUGACUUUUCUAUAUUUGAUGAUGAUGAAUAUGAGAAGAGGUUUGGUAGUAAAUUUAAAUCCAUUAUUAGAUUACAUACCUGUAAAUUUUGUCCAAAAAAAUAUCAAACCAGAACAGGUCUUCUAAGACAUCUCCAAAAACAUCGAAAGAAAACAGAUGUAAAAGAUGUUUGUAAGGUUUGUAAGAAAGAAUUUGACAGUAAAUAUCUGUACGAGAUGCACUUAACUACUCAUGAACAUGAGAUAGAGGAUGGUAGACACAAGUGCCAACUUUGCCAGAAAGCUUAUUCUACGCGAAGUGGUCUUCUGAAACAUCAUAGAACGGAUAAAUUUUGUAAGUUGGAUUGUAAAUUCAAAUGUGAAUACUGCCACUCAUCAUUUUCAAAUGAAGUGUCUUUAGAAAUUCACAGACGUAAACAUCUACUUGCUCCUCGAGAAAGAGCACAUUCAUGUAAAAAAUGUGAGAAAACAUUUGAGACAGUAGGUGGAUUGAAUAAACAUUUGCGUAAUAAAGCAUGUGAGACAACUCUAACAUGUGAGUACUGUGGUAAAGUUUUCAACAAUAAGAAUUUAUAUACAAAGCAUUUGAAAGUUCAUACGCGUAUACCUGCCGAAGGGGGUGUUUGUGAGGAUUGUGGAAAGACAUUUGCAACAAGUAUCGCAUUAAAAAGUCAUAGAAAUAGUCAUCUAAAUAUACGCAAUUAUACAUGUCAAGAUUGUGGUAAAUCCUUUGGACAGAAAGGUACACUUGUUUCUCACAGACGUAUUCAUACAGGUGAACGACCAUAUCUUUGUGUAACUUGUGGAGCCACCUUCCGGUACAGUUGCCAUCUGACUCAACAUACUAGAUCUCAUACGGGAGAAAAACCAUACGGUUGUCACGAGUGUGAACGGUUCUUUUCUUGCAAACAGUCUUUAAAGAAACAUGUCAUUUCUCAUGCAAACAGGCGUAAAAAGAGUCUAAAUAAACUAGAACACAUGAACAUAGAGGUAAAACAGGAGUACAUUGAUAUUACUAAUGUAGUGAAUCCAACCACAGAAGAAAUCGUUUUUCUUAAUGCCAUCACAGGAGAGGAGGAAGGAACUACCACUCAGUAUAUUUACACAACAGAAGAUGGAGAAGAAAUACAGGGUUACUUAGCAGAUAGUACAGAUACAGUUGUUACUGGUGAUUCACACAUACAAUAUCAUGAUUCUCAAAAUGUUGUCUAUCAAACAAUAGAAGGUGAAAAUGUGACUAUAGUUGAUGAAAUGGAAACUUCUGAUUUAAAUAUUUUAGCAGAAACUGCGGAAAAUUAUGAAUCUCCAUCUGUGACAUAUGUUAUUGUUAAAAAGUGAAAAACAGUUUGCUGUUUUGGAAAUUAUAAUCAUUACCAUACUAAUUUUGAAUGGUCAAAAUUGUACAAUUUGGAGAUUAAAAUUUUAAUGGUUAAUCUGAACAAUGUGGAUAUACUAUAUUUGAACCCAACAAAGAUAUGUCACUAUAUCACUUAAUGAAGCUUUGCAAGACUUAAAAUUAUUUAAAUUAAAUAUUUCAUCAAUUUGUUUGUGUAGGCUUUACAUUUGAUUAUAAAAUUGUUUGUUACUACAUUAUGUUUGUGUAGGCUUUACAUUUGAUUAUAAAAUUGUUUGUUACUACAUAUUAUGUUCAUGCUAUUAAAAUCAUGUCGUUUCAUGUUAUGUAUUAAAAUCAAUUACCGGUAUGUGCAUUAAAUAUAGGGGUGGGGGUGGAUGGCCAAAUAGUUAGCACAAUCAUGCGUGUUGCAUCAUAAGAUCUGUCAUUGAGUCAACUGGCAUGGUUUCGAUUCCCCGGUUGUAUGUGACAAGGAGAGGGGUCAAGGUCACCUGUCCAACCUUGUGGGUUUUCUUCCGGGUCCUCCAGUUUUGUAAUCUUCCCACUGCUAAAGACCCCUACACGCAAGCGAAUUACUGUGAUGAGUGGACGUUAUACCCCAUUUAUCUCUCUCUCUCACAUUAAAUAUAAUUUGGUAACAAUCCUGUAGAUGCAUAUUUAGUAACUGGAUAGAGCAAUAAACUAUAACACUUCUUAAAAAUACCUUAUGCAAGAGCUAAAUUUGGCUAUUGCAGGUCUUUCUUUAGGCCUGAAAUGUUAUAUAAACUAUUAAUUAGACAUUUAUUAACAAAACAAGACCAUAAUCAACUCUCUAUGGCAUCGGAUAAUCAAGAUUUUAACUGGAUUAGAACGGUUCACCAUUUAAAAAUUUAAUUUAAAAAUGUGAAGGAGAGUCUCGAAUAUACCACAAAACUACAGGCUGUGAUAACUUGACUCAGAAUGAAGUAAUUUGAAAGAAAUUUUCAAUAUUUUUAUUUAACACUAUCUAUUUUUGAGCUAUUAUGGCAAGAAUGGUCAACUCUUUAUCUAAUCUUACAUAAUGUAUCUCUAAGAAGAACAAUUACUGAUUUGUUUAGGCGACCAGAAACAUACUGCAAUUCUUCGAAGAAUGUACUGUAAAAACCAUCAGUGUAUAGUUUGUAAUAUGGGGAAAUCUGAACAUUUACCCUCUUUAAUGUACAUUUACAUCCUAAUUCUAAUAUUUAAUUGUCCCCUGGCUGGCUGGCUGUCUAUCACAUUUGUUGGGACACAAUAAUUCUCCUUACAAUUGAGCUAGAAUGUUCAAACUUGGUGUAGGUGUUUUUAUUAGGUGAAUGCCUUGAUGGAGUUUGAAGAUGAGCAUUUUCUGCUUAGGGUAAGCAGAGAUUCGUUGAUGAUUUGGGACACGAUAACUUUGGUUGUAAUCAAGUGAGAGUGAUGAAACUUGGUGUAUAGUUUCAUUACAUCAAUAUCUUGGCUAAGUUCGAUAAUGAGCAUUUUCUACAAUUUGCUUUUAAUUAAGGCAGAAUGAUUAAACUAGGUGUAAAUGUUUAUUAGAUGAAUGUCUUGACUGAGUUAGAUGAUUAACAUUUUCCACUAAAGUUAAGCAAAGCUAAGCCAUUUCAUUGGUUGAUGCUUUGAGACAAGAUAAUGUUUGAUUCUAACUUAUGGAGAGUAGGAUGAUACUAUUACUUAGUGUAGAGAUUCAAUGUCAGGUGCUUCAAAAUCUUGAUUGCAUUCGAUCAUUAAGAUUUUCUGGUAAGACUAAGAAUAGAUAAUUAGUAUGAUUGCUUGAUACUUUUAAAAAAAAUAAAUGUGCAAUUAAUUAAUCAAUUUGUGUCAUCUAUUUAUUUUGGGAUUGCAGCAGAGGACAUCAGCCUAACUGUUGGCGGGUUGAAAAUAGAUUAUGCACAGAUGAGACACAUUAAAUACAUCAAUGGGAUUAUGUCCAAUUCUAGGGCCUGUCCAUAUCACUGUUUCUUAGUCUUAGUGUUUAUUAGACCAUUUUGGCAUUUAAGGCGACAGUAAUA